GUUUCCCCACUCCUACGUGGGCAAAAAGGCAGGUGACUGGAGUGUUUGAAACAGAGCAGAGUUCACUACCGUCCUGCCUGAUCCUGAGAUGUCUCUGAUGUGGACUUUGGGUUUGUACUGCUUCCUCAUUGGCGCAUCACAUGCGGCCGAGGUCUGCUAUAAUCAUCUGGGCUGUUUUAACACCUUGCCUCCCUGGGGGGGCACCAUCCAGAGACCAGUUUCCGCCCUGCCCUGGCAGCCUGAAGAGAUGGGGACACGCUUCCUCCUCUUCACCCAGAGAAACAGCUACUACCAGGAGAUAGAGCCAGACGUAACCAUCGAUGCAUCCAACUACAGCGGGAUGAGAAAUACUAAAUUUAUUAUCCCUGGUUAUUUGGUAAACGGAGAUGAGGACUGGCCUCAAGACAUGUGUAAGGUCAUGGUAAAGAACGAGAAUGUGAACUGCAUUGCUGUGGAGUGGAAGAAUGGAGUGAAGUCUUGGUUCAGUCAGGCUGCCAAUAAUGCCAGGGUGGUGGCUGCACAGGUGGCCUUCAUGAUAACAUACCUCAUGGGCCACUUCCGACAGAAUGCUGGUAAGUUCCACCUUAUUGGACACAGUCUGGGAGCGCACGCUGCAGGAGAGGUUGGUAGCAGAAUCCCUGGCAUUGCACGCAUCACAGGACUGGACCCGGUUGAACCUUAUUUCCAAAACACUGAUGUCUCUGUGCGUUUGGACAGCAGCGAUGCCACAUUCGUGGAUGUCAUUCACACAGACGGAUCUCCAUUCGACUCCAGACUUGGUCUUGGGAUGUCAGAGCCUGUGGGUCACAUUGACUUUUACCCUAAUGGAGGAGAACUGAUGCCUGGUUGCUCUGCCAACAGAGGCGACCCCACUGACCUCGACAACAUCUGGGAGGGUAUCUUAAAGUUUGACCCCUGCAACCAUGCCCGUGCCUACAAGUACUACAGUGAGAGCAUUGCUACAUCCCAGGGCUUUGUAGGAUACCCCUGCUCUGACAAGGACAGCUUCGCUGCUGGAAAGUGUUUCCCAUGCGCAGACAGCACAUGUCCUCUGAUGGGCCACUAUGCUGACAGGUUCACUCUGACCGAUGGCAUUUCAAAGACGAAGUACUUCCUCACCACAGGCAGUUCAAAGCCCUUUGGCCGUUACAGCUAUAAAGUGGCACUAACCCUGGAUGGUCCCAGCUGGCCUAACCUGGGCAUAAUGUAUGUGGCUCUUGCUGGAGCGAAGCACUCCACCAAGGAGUUCCAGAUUCACUUGGGUACACUGAUUCCUGGACAGAGGUAUGAGAUGCAGCUUGAAGCUGAGGUGGAUGUGGUGGAAGUGACACAGGUGAAGUUUCGGUGGAACAACCACAUCAUUAACCUGCUGAACCCCAAGUAUGGGGCAUCCACGGUGGAGGUGCAAAGAGGAAAAGACAACAAGAUCACUGCCUUCUGUGGGACAGAAAACGUGGAAGAGAACGAGAUCCAGUCUGUGCUUCCAUGCCAAGCUUAACCAGCCACAGUCACUGAGUCACUCAGGGUCUUUCAAUAAAGAGUUCACAUUUAAAAGCA